UCUCACCAUCAUCUUUCUUCCACCUGAAAGCUCAAUUUUGUUUGCCUACAACCACAAGCGCAGCAGGCAAACUUCCUUUUGGGAUUUGGAUUUCCUCCUCCUUUCCCACAAACAAAUGGUACCAACAAAGUGUAGCCACAGAUUCUUCAAGUUUCGUACCCCAUCAAAUUCCUCUCAACUUUGAAUUUCCCAAACUGUCCCUGCCUCCACCCCACCAAUUAUUAUUCCUUCCAAAAUAUUUUCUCUCUUUCAAUUCUCUCACUCUAUUUGCCUCUGAAAUUUCAACAUAUAUUUUAAAGGAAGCCAAACCAAAUGGUUGCUAACAAGUACGAGGGGGUGUCACGCGCUGUGGUUGUGGGAAUGGGUUGGAUUAUGCUGAGGAUUGACUACUCACGGCUCUUCUGGCUCUUGUUUGGUGUCUUCUCCUAUGAAAACCACGAGGGAAAGCCUCGGAUUUGAUUUUCAAGUUUCCAACUUUCACUUAAUUUUCCCACCUUUGAUUAUAUUUCUAGCUACCCUUUAGUUUUCUUCCCAACAAUCUUCUGCUUUGUUCCAUCACUUUCUGCUUUGUUCAUCAUAGUUCUUAAGCAACAACAAGCAAAAACAAAAACAAAAAAAAGGCAAAAAAAAGGUUUGAUCUUGAAGUCUUUUGGGCCUUCAUUAGUUGAAGCUUGAAAGCCUCACUCAAACAUGUCCAAGACUGACAGGGCUGGUUAUGUUGAAACUGAUCCUACUGCUCGCUAUGGCCGGUUUGAAGAAGUUCUUGGCAAAGGAGCAAUGAAAACAGUGUACAAGGCAAUUGAUGAGCUUCUUGGGAUGGAAGUGGCAUGGAAUCAGGUGAAACUCAAUGAAGUCCUUCGCUCACCAGAGGAUUUGCAACGGCUCUACUCAGAGGUUCACCUCCUCAGCACCCUCAAUCACGAUUCCAUAAUUCGGUUCUAUACCUCCUGGAUCGAUGUUGAUCACAAAACUUUUAACUUCAUUACUGAAAUGUUCACUUCGGGGACUCUAAGAGAGUAUAGGAAGAAAUAUAAGCAUGUAGACAUCCGAGCCAUUAAGAACUGGGCCCGUCAGAUCCUUCGCGGUCUUGUAUAUCUGCAUGGCAAUGAUCCUCCAGUAAUUCAUAGAGAUCUUAAGUGUGACAACAUCUUUGUCAAUGGGCAUCUUGGGCAAGUCAAAAUUGGUGAUUUAGGGCUUGCAGCAAUCCUCCGUGGUUCCCAAUCUGCUCACAGUGUUAUAGGCACUCCAGAGUUCAUGGCACCAGAACUGUAUGACGAAAAUUACAAUGAACUAGUUGAUGUCUACUCAUUCGGCAUGUGUGUCUUGGAGAUGCUUACAUCUGAAUACCCAUAUAGUGAGUGUGUCAACCCUGCACAAAUAUACAAGAAAGUUACCUCGGGGAAGCUUCCAGGAGCAUUCUACCGGAUUCAAGACUUGGAAGCACAACGAUUCAUUGGAAAAUGCUUAGUAAAUGCUUCAAAGAGAUUAUCGGCAAAAGAACUUUUGCUUGAUCCAUUUCUUGAGUGUGGUAAAAAUGAACCAUUGCCUUUGGGAAAGCUUGGACGUCCAAAGCCAUUUUUAAAUGACAAGGAAAUGGAGAAACUGCAAUUGAGUGAUGAUCAAACCAGGACUGACAUGACAAUCACGGGGAAGUUAAAUCCUGAAGAUGACACCAUCUUUCUCAAAGUUCAGAUUGCUGAUAAAGAUGGUUCUCUUAGGAACAUAUAUUUUCCUUUUGACAUAUUAAAUGAUACACCAUUUGAUGUUGCUACGGAAAUGGUGAAGGAAUUGGAGAUCACUGAUUGGGAGCCAUUUGAAAUUGCGAAUAUGAUUGAAGGGGAGAUAUCUGCUCUGGUACCAAAUUGGAAAACUGAAGCCUACCACACAAUUAAUUAUCAAGAUGAUGAUGAUGGACCUCAACGUCCUCACUCUCACUCCUCCUGCUCAUCAUCCCACACAUCAUUAUCAGGCUUGAUCAGCUCUCAUGGGAUUAACGGAGUGACAAAUGGCUGUGAUUGGCUCCAAGAUGAUUUCCUUGAUGAGACCAGCUCUCAAAGCUCUUCACACUCAGGAACAUAUUCCAACUUAAAUUUCAUUUGUGGGAAUGAGCAUGGGACUAAUACGAUUCCCACAGGAGGAGACAAACAUCCCAUAUCAAAAUGUCACAAGUCCACAAGGUUUUGUCCUGAAGAAAACCGUAAUACUGGGCAUUCUAUGGCUAAAAAAUACUACGAGAGAUGCAAAGCUUUUCUAGCAUCUGGUUCAAAAGAUAAAAGGAUCGUGGAUAGCCGUAGAUUGAUGAGGAAUAAGUCGCUAGUAGACGUAAGAAGUCACCUACUACACCGGUCUUUGGUCGAAGAGGUGAAUAGGAGGCGCUUGUUUAAGACCGUGGGAGCCGUGGAAAAUAUCGGGUUUCAAGCACCUUGUGAGGUUUCAAAAAAAUUGUAAAAAGCCAUUAGGUACUUUCUGUUGUACAAGAAUGAAAAGAAGUGAGAGACCUCAGAAAAUUUACAUUUCUCAACAAUUGUAAAGUCGGUGAGAGGAAUGGGAGUUUCGGUCCCAAUCUGGAGAUGCAAGAAAUGACAACUUACUGGCCUGAUUGCCUCCUGAAAUGGCAGGGGCAGUUUUGAAGCUCAAAAGCAAGGACUGCUUGUACUAAUGGAGCCGAAUGAGGGGGAUCCAUGUCGACCACUACAAGAAUCUGAUGACUUCUAUACUGUAAAAAUUUCUGUGCAAAUGUUUGUAAUUAUGUCUAAAUAAUAUUACUCUGUCAGAAUAAAUGGCUAGUUUAUCAAUGUGUUGAUGCCCUUCUCUUU